AUGGCGGCGACGUCGGCGGAAGUGCAGCUGGUGUGUUUGUCGACGACGCUGGUAAUCUCGAAACUCCUCUUCUACACGCCAUCGUCCAACGCCGGCAAUAACCUCCGCUUCUUGAGCUAUGUGGAGACGCAGCACGAGGUGUCUAUUGUAUUCGAAGAGCGGCUCCUGGAUAAAUUUGCAAACGGAGUACUAGAAUUUGAGCCACUGCGAUGGAAGGCACUACAAGUGGCAUCGGCCGGUCCGGGAGCUUUCCUGAGCCAAUUGGCGGUGCUCACACAGCUCACAACAGAACUGGCCAAGCAUGGGGUCAGUGUUUUCCAGAUCUCGACGUACCAAUCCGACUAUGUGCUGGUGAAAGUGGAAGACUUGGAAACGGCAAUUGCAUGUCUGCAAAGCUUCUGUUGCAUUGAAAUGGAGGAUGGGCAAGAGCUCACACUGCCAACGAUGCAUCAACACCCUCUGAGUGUUCCGGAUGUAAAGUUGCACCUUGUGCAACUCAACAAAACAUUUGUGAGGAGGCACAUGUAUUCGCUCGUGAAGUUGCUGUUUAAGUCGCAGGAGGACGAAGAAACGAGGUUCCUGAGCUACUCGGAGACUGGAGACGAUAUCUCGGUGGUAACAAGCGACGAAUGUUUUCUAGAGAAGGCUCGAUCGCUGAUGAAACAGGGAGAUCAGGGCGUGCUUGUAUCACCCGACUUCUGGAGACCUGUGCAAAUUGGCAACUCGAAGCUAGGGUUCGCAGAGACAGGAAUUGUGGCGGGUCAGACCCGAGUACUAGUAAAUGCCGGAACUACGGUGUUUUAUCUUAGUACCUACGCGACGGACUUCAUGUUGAUCAAAGAGGACGAAUGGGAGGACGCUCUACCCAUUCUUCGCGACCAUUUCAGUCUGACUGAAGGCGUCUUCGCGCCGCUAACAGCUUGA